AUGGCCUCCGUGGCCAUGUCGUUGGUCGCGCGUGGCAUCUACCCGGACCCCGACAGCCUGCCAGCCCUGCAAACCAGAGAUCAAAUCAAUCCGAUCCUGAUGAUGAGCUGGUGGGCUACGAUCUUCUCGCUGACUAUCAUCAUCAUCCGCCUGUGUGGUCGCUAUAUACGCGUUGAACGCUUCUUCCCCGAAGACAAGGUCAUGAUGAUCAGCGUGUUUCCUCUAUUGAUCCGCAUGGUACUGGUCCAUUACGUUCUCAUCUUGGGGACCAACAACACCACGACCGUCGGCUUGACAGAAAAGGAGAUCCUGAACAAAGAGCUAGGCAGUAAGCUGGUACUUGCUGCGCGGAUCUUCUACGCCAUCUUCAUCUGGACAGCCAAAGUAACGGUCUGUGAAUUCCUCAAACGAGUCACAAGCCUAAGCUGGCGCCGCUCAACAACCAUCUUCCUCCGCUUCAUCUCCUUCUUCCUCUUCUCAACCCUAGUAGCGGUCGUCAUCGCAACCCUAGCCGAAUGUCAACCCUUCCACCACUACUGGCAGGUAACCCCAGACCCCGGCGCCGCCUGCCGAGUCGGCUACGUGAACCUAAUAACGAUGGGCACCUGCGACGUGAUAACAGACCUCCUCCUCGUCGCCUUCCCAGUACCCAUCAUGCUCCUAACGCAAAUGUCUCUAAAACGCCGCCUCGCCCUCUCAGCCCUCUUCUGCCUCUCCCUCCUCCUAGUCGGCAUAACCUCCUACCGCGUCCCCUCAGUAAUAGAACACAAAGGCUCGCAACCCUAUCGCUCCCUCCUCGCCUCGCUCGAAAUCCUCGCCGCAACAGCCGUCUCCAACGUCCUCGUCAUAGGCUCCUUCGUCCGCGACCGCGGCCUCAAAAAACUAAAAUACAAACGCACACACGGCUCAGCCUCCGUCUCAGAAAGCAUGGAUAAAUCCUUUGAGCGCAGAAACACUGUAAUGCAGAACCAAUGGGGCUCGGACUCGGAAUUGGCUGACGGUCUAUGUAUCCGUCUCAACCCGGAAAUAUACCCACCAACAAAUCCCCAAACCAACGAUGCAACCCAUCUCCAGAUAUCAGCAUCCGUCCCGUCUCCCCCGCAAAUGCCUCUCGCAGUCGCCAGAACAGGAACUCUCGAUCCAUCAUGGUCGUUCUCGACCCACUCAGACGACCGCCGCACCUCCGCCGCUGAUAGUCUAGACAUCAAAGUCUCACCGCGAGAGUAUCUCCGCACAAAUCAGUCCCCGCGUGACCUACCGCCGCCACCGGAGACGCCGCGCCGCGUGUCGUUUUCGGAUGUUGGUGGGCUGUUGACUAGGGACUUGUCGGAGGGCGCAAGGCCGGGUCAUGUACGCGCCCAGACGACUCUGUCUUCGCCUGUAGAGGCGGAGACGGCGCAGCAGCGUGAUAGAGGGGGUAGGGCUUUUUUGGAGGAUAUGGGGAUUGUUGCGGCAAGGCCUGUGAGGUUGCCGUUGCCGGCUGUUGGGUUGACGCGGACGCAUUCGACGCCUUCUUGCCAUUCUUCGGAUGUGACGCUUGAUGCUGAGAUUGAGUUGCAGGAUGUUGGGGGACUGUUGUCGAGGCAUGGGACUGCUCAGCCCUGA